CACAGAUUAGGCUUAUUCUGAAUUGAUUGAUUUCAGGGUUAUAAUAGACAUAAGUAUUUUUUUCUUUUAUUACCAAGUUAUCGUGAUAUUGGUGGUGCAUUGAUUGGAUUACCUAAGAUAAUCAAUUAGGCAAAAGAUAUGAUAGUCAAUUUUUUCCUGAUAAUUGCCUGGACGCAAUUAUGCCAAGCGAUAAAUACGGGAAAACUUCAAAAACAUUUCGAAUGGAACAUCAUGGACUUUGAAUAUCCGGAUUUAAACAAGAAAUUGAAUGAUAUGGCUACGGGAAGACUGAAACCUGAAAAUGCUUUGCCUGUUGGAAUUGAAAUUUGGAAUGAAAAAAUGUUUAUUACUACUCCCAGGUGGAAAGAAGGCAUUCCAUCGACGCUUAAUUACGUUCCUAUAGUUUCUGCUACAAAAAGUCCCGCCCUAAUACCGUAUCCAAGCUUAGAAGCUAAUGAACUGGGAAACUGCGAAAGAGGAUUAAGUACUGUUUACAGAAUUCAUGUGGAUCAAUGCGACAGAUUAUGGGUUUUGGAUACCGGAACUUUUGGUAUAGAUACAACCACUCAAAACCCGUGUCCUUACGCAAUCAAUAUCUUCGAUUUGAGAACUGACACUAGAAUUCACAGGUACGAAUUCCGAAAAGAAGACACCAACUCCAGAACUUUCAUUGCAAACAUCGCAGUCGAUUUGGGAAAAACCUGCGAAGAUGCUCAUGCCUAUUUCAGCGAUGAAUUGGGUUACGGGCUCAUCGUUUAUUCCCUAAAAGAAAACAGAAGCUGGAGAUUCGAACACAGCUUUUUCAUGCCUGACCCGUUGAAAGGUGAUUUCAAUAUUGACAAUUUGAACUUCCAAUGGGGCGAAGAAGGUAUUUUCGGAAUGAGUUUGACGGCAGUGCAGAAAAAUGGGUUUAGGAUAAUGCACUUCAGUCCACUGGCGAGUAACAGAGAAUUUGCCGUGUCCACGCAAGUGCUGCAAAACUCUUCAAAAACCGAAGAUAGUUAUCACGAUUUUUACUACUUAGAAGAAAGAGGUCCCAAUACACAUACCACCUCAAGAGUGAUGUCACAUGGCGGUAUUCAGUUUUUCAAUUUGAUCGACCAAAAUGCUUUGGGAUGCUGGAACACUAUCAAGUCUUAUGAGCCCAAAAACAUUGGAAUUGCCGAUAGAAACGAUCAAGAAUUGAUUUUCCCUGCUGACGUUAAAAUUGACAGAAACAACUACGUAUGGGUGGUUUCAGACAGAAUGCCGAAAUUCCUCAUAUCAACCUUGGACUACAAAGAACCGAACUUCAGAGUAUUCUUCGCGCCACUCGAGGUCCUUAUUAAGGACACAGUUUGUGAGGAUAACAUCAUUAUUCCAUCGGAUCAGAGUAAUUUAUAUUUGACCACUGACAAAACAAUAUUUACCAACCCUGAAAUAUAUUUAUCAACAAAAUCCGAAGACAAUAUCCUUCAAGGAAUAUUGAAUGGUCAAGUUUAUCCUUCGUUGAACAAACCCCUUGGUAAAACUGAUUUAUUGUCACAAUGGAAUUAUAGAUAUUAAUAAGUUGUAAAAAUAGAUGAAAUAUUAACGUCUUCUGAUUCAAAAACAAAAUUACUUGCAAAAGUGUAGGUAGAUAUGUAUAUUAAAUUUACCAAAGAUUUACUGAACUUUCCCAUUUCGAUACAAAUUAUCAAUUGUACAUAUUUAAUACUGCUGAAAGUUCACUUUUCGGAUUAUUCAAAUACUAUGCACAUUCCUAUUUCAGAAAAAUUUAAAUUAUACCUACUUAUGCUUAUUUCUGUUGUAAAUAAAAUCUAUUACGUAUGUGAAUAUUUUAUUUUCA